AUGUCGGCUUCUUCAGCUGUUUUUGUUGAGCGUCCUAGACCUGCUACUUCCAACACGGUUUUUAAAAGUGGACCUCUGUUCAUAUCUUCUAAAGGACUAGGUUGGAAAUCAUGGAAGAAGCGGUGGUUUAUCCUCACACGCACAUCUUUGGUCUUCUUUAAGAAUGACCCGAGUGCCUUACCUCAAAAAGGCGGUGAAGUGAACCUAACUUUAGGAGGAAUAGAUUUAAAUAAUUCUGGGAGUGUGGUUGUAAGAGAAGAUAAAAAGUUGUUGACUGUUUUGUUUCCUGAUGGCCGGGAUGGGCGUGCUUUUACUCUUAAGGCUGAAACUUCAGAGGAUCUGUAUGACUGGAAGACUGCUCUUGAACUUGCCCUUGCACAGGCACCAAGUGCUGCUCUUGUUAUGGGGCAUAACGGGAUUUUUCGAAGUGACACUACUCAUCCUGUUGAUGGCUCUUUCCAUCAAUGGAGGGAGAAGCGUCCUGUGAAAUCAUUAGUUGUUGGAAGACCUAUUUUGCUUGCUCUAGAAGAUAUUGAUGGGAGUCCAUCUUUUCUUGAGAAAGCACUUCAAUUUCUUGAGAAGUAUGGAAUUAAAGUGGAGGGGAUUCUUAGACAGUCAGCUGAUGUUGAGGAAGUUGAUCAUAGAGUUCAAGAAUAUGAGCAAGGUAAAAAUGAAUUUGAAGCAGAUGAGGAUGCCCAUGUUGUUGGUGAUUGUGUAAAGCAUGUCUUGAGGGAGCUUCCUUCCUCCCCAGUUCCUGCAUCUUGCUGUGCUGCAUUGCUAGAGGCCUAUAAAAUCGAUCGUAAGGAAGCUCGGAUAUCUGCUAUGCAUUCUGUAAUUGCAGAAACAUUUCCUGAACCAAACCGGAGGUUGUUACAAAGGGUUCUGAAGAUGAUGCACACAGUCUCUUCUAAUGCUCAUGAGAAUCGGAUGAAUCCUUCUGCUGUUGCUGCUUGCAUGGCACCCUUGCUUCUGCGCCCCUUGUUAGCUGGCGAAUGUGAGUUAGAGGAGGACUUUGACGCUAAUGGUGACAAUUCUGCCCAGCUUCUAGCUGCUGCAAAUGCAGCCAAUAAUGCCCAGGCUAUCAUUACAACUCUUCUUGAAGAAUAUGACAGUAUUUUUGACGAUGAAAAUCUGCAGAGAUGCUCUAUUUCGGCAGAUUCUCGGAUGGGAAACAGUGGAAGUGAAGACUCUAGUGAUGAUGAAAAUACAGAUAUGAAAAAUAACAAUUACCAUGAUGCAGAAAAUGAAGUAGACCAAGAAACAGAUGAUGAUGCUGCUGAGCGUGUGCUUAGUGGGAAACUGAGUGAAUCCAGUGGUUCUACUGGCACUGAUCUUUAUGAUUAUAAGGCUUUUGUUGGCGAUGAAUCAGGUGUCAGAUUACCCAUUGACAACCAUACUCCUGCCGAGAGUGCAAACUUAGUUACUGAACCUCCACAUAUUAGAGAUCCUGGUGCACAAUUUCUGGAGCUAAGCAAACAUAAAAGGGGAAAUGAAAAUUCAGUCAAUGAAACAGAUUCAUUGAGUGUUUUGCCUCCUGGUGAAUCUUACCGGUCAAUGGGAGAGAUCCUGUCUACAAUAGAUGCCGAGCCUCAGGUACCUAUAUCACCUAUUGAGUCAUCAGCUGAGAAGCCAGCUGGUAAAGCGACAACCUCCAAUGCCAACGGAAAGCAGCGGUCAACAUUCUGGGGCAGAAGCAAUGGCAGAAAGACACCAUCUAUGGAGUCAGUUGAUUCUUCUGAAGAAGAGCUUGCUAUUCAGAGGCUUGAGAUUACUAAAAAUGACUUGAGGCACAGGAUAGCAAAGGAGGCUAGAGGUAAUGCAAUUCUGCAAGCUAGUUUGGAGAGAAGGAAACAAGCUUUGCAUGAGCGGCGCUUGGCACUUGAGCAAGAUGUCUCAAGAUUGCAAGAGCAGCUGCAAGCUGAAAGAGAUCUUCGAGCUGCAUUGGAAGUUGGUUUGAGUAUGUCUUCUGGACAGUUGUCAAGUUCACGGGGCAUGGACUCUAAAACAAGGGCAGAGCUGGAGGAGAUUGCUCUUGCUGAAGCAGAUGUGGCCAGGUUGAAACAGAAAGUUGCUGAACUUCAUCAUCAGCUCAAUCAGCAGCGGCAGCAUCAUUAUGGUGCUUUAACUGAUGAUCGAUAUCAACAUGUCCAAAACCAUAAUCCUCAACAGAGAUUUCUUCAGCAAGAUUUUGAUACAACCCUUGCUUUUGUAAAUCAUGAAAGAAAACAGAGAACUGAGGAGGUUCUAUUAGGAGCUGGUUGGAGGAAUAAUGUUAAAGAAGCAGCUGGCAGCAGUAGCAGACAGCCUAAUAAUAGAAAGCAAUAUAUGGAACCGACGACAAGCCUCAGUGACUCUAAAAGUACAGAGGAGGCUUCUACAAACUUAUCCAUGGACGAGCUUUGUGGUGUUGUCAAUUCUGCUCCUACCUCAAGAUCUGUUGAGGUGACUGAUUACACCAGACAUCCAUCAGCAGCAUCUUCUGCUUUAGUGGAACUGACGACACGCCUUGAUUUCUUCAAGGAAAGGCGGUCACAGCUCAUGGAGCAGCUCCACAAUCUCGAUUUGAACUACGGGACAACGACUUCUUCUUCACAGGAUUUUGUGUAUACUAGGCCGCCAUCUUCUCCUCCAUGGAACUGA